AUGGCGCGUAUGGCCAUAAACAAAGGCACGCUCUUGGGCGCAACGGGCAAGCCUUCGAAAAAGCUCGUCGUAUCUUACCUGUUCGACUGGUUCAUCAUCAUCGUCUUCGCAGCAGCCGGCGCAGGUCUCUCCAAAGUCCGCCCUCACCACCGACCCUUCUCCCUCCUGAAUCUGGAGAUCUCGAACCCAGUAGUCGACGAGCAAAUCUCGAUCUGGAUGCUAGGCGUCAUCGCAUUCGUCGUCCCUGCCGCAAUCAUCGCCCUCAUCACCCUAAUCUUCGUCCCCGGCGGCAACGUCAGAAGAGUCAGCACAACAAGCCAAGUCAUCAAGCUCAAAUUAUGGGAGCUUGAGAAGGGACUCGCGGGACUAUGCUUGUCCGUCGCAGUAGCCUUCUUCAUAACCCAAGGCAUGAAGAACAUGUUCGGCAAACCCCGCCCCAACUUGAUCGCGAAAUGCCAGCCCGACCUUUCAAACAUUGGAGACCACGUCGUGGGCGGAUAUGGACAGGAUUUGAGUAUAAGCUGGACUUUGGUGGAUUUCAGUAUUUGCACACAACCCGACAUCGCGUUUCUCGACGAUGGAUUCCGCUCCUUCCCAAGUGGUCACAGUUCCUGGUCCUGGUCCGGCCUGCUAUAUCUAACCCUCUACUUCUGCUCCAAAUUCGCCAUCGGCCUCCCCCACCUCCCCACACCCCUCGAACAACAGCAACAACAACAACAACCCCUCCGCUCCACAAUCCCCCAAAACGGCGACCACGAACUCCUACCCCUCCACUCCAACCGCGCCCGCGGCGACAGCGAAGACACCAAACGCGAAGAAGACACAACCUACCGCGGCGCCGCCGGCCCCUCCUCCCACCACCCAACCUCCGACGACAUCUCCACCUCCCCGCUCUGGAUGCGCAACGCCGCCGCCGCCCCACCCAACUACCUCAUAAUCCCCGCUCUUCUCCCCGUCGCCGUCGCCGUCUACAUUUGCUCCACCCGCUACGUAGAAUUCUACCAUUUCGGCUUCGACAUCAUCUCUGGCUCCCUGAUCGGGAUCGCUACCGCCUACUUAUCCUUCCGAUGGUACCACCUCCCCAUCUCCAGGGGCCAAGGAUGGGCGUGGGGUGCGAGGAGCAGGAAUAGAGCUUUUGCGAUAGGGGUCGGGACGGGGGGGUAUGUUGGUGAGGAGGGGUGGGAGACUGCGAGUGGUGGGAGGGGGAAGGGGAGGGAUGUAGAGGCGCAGGGGGGGAGGGCGUGA